AUGCAGGCUGAAAAAGUUAUUUUUAUUGGGGAUGCUGGCGUUGGAAAAACCUGCAUCACAGUCCGUUACUAUCAAAGUUACUUCCAGGAUGAAAUUCAGCCAACUGUUGGAGCAAAUCAUUGUCAAAUUACGUUGUCACACGAAGGGAAAGACGUAGUUAUGAAUAUCUGGGAUACUGCAGGUCAAGAAAGAUAUCGAAAUAUAGUCCCAUUAUAUGCACAAGAUGCAUCUUUAGUAAUUUUAGUUUUCGAUGUUACAGAUGUGCGUAGUUUUUAUUCUUUAGAUGAGUGGUAUACAAAAAUACAUGUAGAAUUAGGAAUAGAAUGUCCAUUUAUUAUUGUUGGAAACAAAAUUGACCUUGACCAAAACCAGAUUCCAAAAGAAAAUAUAGAAAAUUGGACUAAUUCUCAUAAGACUAAAUUAAUAUAUACAUCAGCACGAACUGGUGAAGCAAUUGUGGAACUAUUUGAAAUGGCUGCUCAAGUUUUAGUCGAAUCAAAGAUUAAAAAGAGUGAUGAAGCUAUUCAAAUUGUAGCAAGGCCACUUACAAAGAAAUCUCAAUGCUGUUAA